AUGGAUGGAUUGUUUCGAACAAUUGUUGGAGGAAUCUUCAAUGCAACACAGAUUUUUCAACCAUAUAAGGUUCAAGCUGUCACACCAGACACUUUCAGCAGCUCUCCUGUUGACACUGAUGGUUCAGUCAGCUUGUAUAGAAGAAAUGGAUCUCUUGAGGCCGUACUCAGAUUACCACGAUCACAUUCCAAAUUAUACAGUUUGUUUCGAUUGAAAGAUGAUGGCGAGGCCUAUGCGCAAUUCAGAUGUUAUGCAAGACGGCUUGAAGAACUCACAAGCUUUGCAACCACACCCAUGGAUGUCAACUUGUUGCAAGAGAUUUGUGAUUGCUUGCGGGAAAAACCUAGCUGGUCAGCUGCCCAUGUUGCUGCCUAUGUUGGCUUUGAUGAAGCCUUCCAUGACCAAUGCAUGCGCAGCAAAGUUAAUGAGCCAAGUGACUUUACCAAACUGUCUCCACUAAUGGUUGCUGUUCAAGCCAAGCAGGAUAAGUGUGUGACAAAAUUACUCCACUGUGGGGCUACAUUGAAGAGCCAGGACAAAGACGGCAAUACUGUCUUUCAUUAUGCAGUGGAAUCAACUGUGGACAUUAUUGAGAUCUUGUCCAAGUACCCUUAUUCCCGAGAAAUGAUUAAUUGCAAGAAUAACAAACGAGAAACUGCCAUAGGCUUGAGUUGCCUGAAAAACCUGUCUACCUUCACUGAGGCCCUGUUGCAUGCUGGUGCAGACCCCUGUAUUAGCAAUGGCACUUUCUUCCCUAUUCAUGCUGCAUUGAAAACUGGAGACCUAAAGUCUGUAGAAUUGUUAUGCAAGAAUAAUGCCUACCAAAUGGAUCUCCAUGAUAGCAAAUAUGGUGGCUAUCCUAUCCAUUGGGCACGAACAGAAGAGGCUAUUAGUCUGUUGAAUCAGUAUAAGUGUGAUAUUAAUGCCGUAACAAGUGUGACUCAGCACUCCGCCCUGCAUGUCAUGAUUUUGAAGGACAGGAUAGAUUGUGCUAUGGCUCUUUUGUGCUUGGGAGCAAACACCAAUUUACAAGAUAAAGAAUUAAACACUGUUCUUCACUUGUCCGUUAUGAUUGGAAAUAUUGAUCUGGUACGGGCACUGGUGAUUUUUGGAUCAAAUGUCAAUCUUCGUAAUAAAAAGCAUCAGACAGCUCGUCAUAUUGCUUCCACAUCUUCAUCCGCACAAAGUGGCGAGAUUCUCUAUGUCUUACAUGAAUGUGGUGCUGUACGCUGUAACCCAGACAUGAGUGGUUGCAUGAGGGGUUGUGUGGCAGAAGGUACUUUUAAUGGUGCUGCUAAGCAGAAAUCCAGAGAUUCCAUCGACGUAGAUGCUUUCUGCGAAGAAAUGAUGAACAGCAAGAUUAUUCAUGAAACCACUUAUCAUCCUGCACGGGGAAAAAAGGUUUUGUGUCUGGAUGGAGGUGGAAUACGAGGUCUGGUACUGAUUCAGCUUCUGAUUGAGAUUGAACGUCGGGUGCAGCGCCCAAUUAGGGAAUGCUUUGACUGGAUUGGGGGUACCAGCACAGGGGGUAUUCUUGCUUUGGCCAUUGCCCAUGGUAAAUCAUUGCAAUAUUGCAAAGGUUUAUAUUUCCGGAUGAAAGAUGAAGUGUUCUAUGGAAAGCGCCCAUAUUCUUCUGAAAACUUGGAGAAGAUUUUGAAGAAAGAAUUUGGAGAACAUACCACAAUGGAUUCUAUCACUCACCCAAAGGUGAUUGUAACUGCUGUUCUAGCUAACCGUAUGCCUCCUAAAUUACAUCUGUUUCGAAAUUAUAUUCCAUUAUCAUUUUUUCCUGAAGAUGAGACAGAUUCUGUGAUUACAAGGAUAUAUGAACAAAAAGUCUGGCAUGCUGCUCGAUGUUCUGGUGCCGCCCCAACUUUUUUCCGUCCAUCUGGACUAUUUCUGGAUGGUGGGCUUAUGAGUAAUAACCCUACACUGGACGUCUUAGCUGAAAUCAAUCAAUACAACCUUGGUCUGGAGCAAAAUAACAUGCCUUCUGAACAUCUUGGCCUUGUUGUGUCAUUGGGUACAGGUCGACCCCCCACUGUGCCCAUCAAAUCUGUGGAUGUUUUCCGUCCUGACAGUUUACUGGAUGUUGCCAGGUGUGCAGCUGGAGUGUCAACUCUUGGAAAUCUCAUUCUCAGUCAGGUCACCAACACAGAUGACCGACCUGUACUGCAAGCAAGGUCCUGGUGUAAUAUGUUGAAAGUGCCUUACUUCCGAUUUAAUCCACAACUGUCUGAAGAUAUUCAGCUUGACUGCCAUGACAGCAAAGUCAUUGUCAACAUGCUGUGGGAGACACAAAGCUAUAUUGUGGCUAAUAGUGCCAGAAUUCAAACAUUAGUGGACUUCUUGAAAAAAUAA